UUGGCAAUACAACCAGCACAACAUCUCUUUUCUCAUCUCUUGGAGAAAAAAAAAACAAAAAACAAAAACCAAAAACCAACAGAGAAAAAAAUACCUUGAGAAUAAAGGUAAUGAUUAAUCUAUCAGGCACAAAAAGAAUAGUUUUUGGGAUUUCAGGUUCUAACUCGCUAAGUCAGAUAAACAACAGUGAACAGGGGAUGAAUUUCACCAGAAGAGGAUUAAGUCACGGGCUCUAAUUGGGACAGCGUUUGUACAGUCAUAGAAUCUCACCGGACAUCUCCAGGAAUCUGUGAGCAGUUGUCAAAACUUCCAUUUUCACGUGCGAGUGAAGUAGAGACCAGAAGAAGCAGAUUGUGGUGGAGAGAGUGGUCCUUGGAGAAGCCCCACGAUGCAACCUGGGAAGGGGCGAAAGGGAAAAAGUCUCAAGCAGAGGCUGGUCUUGAAGAGCAGCUUAGCUAAAGAAACAAUCUCUGAGUUCUUGGGCACCUUCAUAAUGAUCGUCCUUGGAUGUGGCUCCGUUGCCCAAGCUAUCCUCAGUCGAGGACACUUUGGAGGAAUUAUCACUAUCAAUGUUGGAUUUGCAAUGGCAGUUGUAAUGGCCAUUUAUGUGACUGGGGGUGUCUCUGGUGGCCACAUCAACCCAGCUGUGUCUCUUGCAAUGUGUCUCUUUGGACGGAUGAAAUGGUUCAAAUUUCCUUUUUACGUGGGAGCCCAGUUUUUGGGAGCCUUUGCAGGAGCUGCGACCCUCUUUGGCAUUUACUAUGAUGGACUUAUGUCCUUUGCUGGUGGAAAAUUGCUCAUCGUGGGAGAAAAUGCAACAGCACACAUUUUUGCGACAUACCCAGCUCCAUAUCUGUCUCUGACGAAUGCAUUCGCAGACCAAGUAGUGGCCACCAUGUUCCUCCUCAUGAUUGUCUUUGCCAUUUUUGACUCCAGAAACUUGGGAGUCCCCAGAGGCCUAGAGCCCAUUGCCAUCGGUCUCCUGAUUAUUGUCAUUUCUUCUUCCUUGGGACUGAACAGUGGCUGUGCCAUGAACCCAGCUCGAGACCUGAGCCCUAGACUUUUCACUGCUUUGGCAGGAUGGGGGUUUGAGGUCUUCACAGCUGGAAAUAACUUCUGGUGGAUUCCUGUAGUGGGCCCUUUGGUUGGCGCUGUCAUUGGAGGCCUCAUCUAUGUUCUUGUCAUUGAAAUCCACCACCCAAAUCCUGAUCCAGACUUCGAGACGGAACAAUCUGAGGACAAACCAGAUAAAUAUGAGCUUAGUGUGAUAAUGUAGUAGUGUGCUUAGUUUGGGUUUACAAUCGGCUGAACUAGUGUUCUCUUCAGAAAAGAUGGCAUCCAGGGGUCUGUGUUUUCAUAAGACUAGAAUGGAAUCCACCCAAUCUUCUCUGCUAGCCGUUGUGAGGCACCUAAUUGUAAAAGCAUUCAAGUGAAAGUUUGCAAAUGCUGACCUCUUCACCAGUUUCCCACAGGACACCACUGACUGUCCCCUGAAAUGGCCUUAUCUCCUGCUCUGUUUGUUUCAUCCUUUGAUGGGAAUCCUUGUUACUAAGCAAGCACUGGUAACUUAGAACCUUGACCAUGGACUUAUUUGCAUGAUCUUAGCUGCAUUACCUGUACAGAAUAGCAUUACAAAAGCUUUGUUUUUCCACAAAGAUUAUGUUUUGAGUAUCAACCAAGACUAAAUUGGAAGGCAACACAGUGAUUUCAGUUAAUAUGUCCAUGAAUUAGGGAGCUAAUGAGUUUACUCUGUAGUUAUGUUGUGCCACUAUAUUUGUAUAAAUACCGAUAUUCUUCAAACCUAGGGAUAUAGGAAACAGUAGAAUACAUCUGGAAAGCACAGGGGAAGGACAUUGUGCCAUUCAGAAGCCUCAGGAGACAAGAUAAAUUUGGGAAACCAAAUGGAAUUUUUUAAUGGAAACCAUUUAUCAGAUAAAUCUCUUGCUCUUUGCAUUUUAGAGGGCACCAAUUAAUUUUCUUGUCUUUAGCAUAUAAUAACCUAAAAUACAACUGUAACCUCAGUCAUGAAAAUUACAUCACCCUAUAUUUUUAACUCCAAUGUAUUUUCCUAAUUGUCCACUUGAGGAGAGACAUUUGACAAGUUGAGCCAAUGGCUGCACUCAUCCAUUAUUCUACACAUGCCCCGAAACCAAAACUGGAAGCCAUUGGAUCCUGGUCUAGUGGAAUCUUCAGGAUAGAUGGUCCUCGGAAAGAUAAUGUUACCUUUCGGGCUUACAAUUCACAAAACGCUUUCAAGGUUAUUAUCUAAUUUAAUCCUCGUAGUGACUUUCUGAAGUAAAUGCCAUGCUGCCCAUUUUAUCAGAUAUGGAAACAAAAUCUCAAGGAAGUUAAGUGAGUUGCUUAAGGUCACAUGGAAAGUUGAACUUCAUCUAAUGCAUCCCACACCUUUCAGAAGAUCAAUAACUGGCCAAGAAUAUCACCUAGCCCUCUUUGGCUGUCCAGAAGACAUGGGAUUGGCAGCUGCCAGAAUGUGUACUCCUUCUGGAUAUAAUGGUCCUGGGAUCCUAAAAUAUAAAGACCUUCAUCAUAUGGUUUUAUUCCCUCUGUUACUGAAACACUAACAAAAGGAAGAGGUAGCAAUUUGGUCAUAUUUUUCAUGUGUUGGAAAACAUUAUCAGAAGGCCUCUCUUCCUAGUCCACCCUUGCUCUUUCUAAGUCUCACUCACCCCUCCUUCCCUGCGAAUCACAAACAUUACAUUACGUUUGGGGGAUUUCCCCCUGGUCAGGCUCUUCCCUGUGAAGUUCCCUAAUUGAUGUCACUUUGGUGACAAGUCUCUGAGAGUUACAAGCACCAGAGAAAUUGCUCUACAUCAAGCGAUGCACCUUCAGUCAAAGCAUUUAAAAGCCCAGCAUUCCCAGAGGUAUCGAGGUUCCCAAAUGCUUUGUGAUCAUAACAGAACAGAAAGUAAAUGUGAAAUGUCUCCAGUGGCCUAUGUUCUAUAAGCUAACAACUUGGAAUUUUUUUUUCUUGCUCUGAAACUACCUGGAUAUUUCCUAUUUGAAAUAAAAUCGGUGGCUCUUUUUUAAAGUUUUUUUUUAAGUUUUUAUGAGUAUUAUGACCGCUAAAUAUGCAUGUUUACCCUGUCUACAAAUUGAGAUUUCCUGGGGAGCUUUUAAAAAAUACUCAUGCCCCGUUAAUCAUUUGUAAAUACUGCAGUGAUUCAAAUGUGCGACUGGGGUUGAGAACAUUGACUUGGUUAAAUUAUAAUAUAUCUAAGAUUUCUUUGAGAACCACAUCUGGUGGUGCCCAAGUGAUUUCUGGGAGGAUUCCCAAUAGGGGGCAACUUUACCCCCUUUUCACUCCAUUCUGCUGCUCCCGCAAAGGGAUAUUUGGCAGUGUCUGGAGAGAUUUCUGGUUGUCACAAUUGGGACAGAACAGUUGUUAGCAUCCAGGGAGAAGUCAGGACGCUGCUGAACAUCCUACAAAGAACAGGACAGCCUUCGAUGCCAGCCUCACAAUAAAGAAUUAUUCAGCCCAAAAUGGCAAUUAGGCAGAAGUUGAAAGAUUCUGAAUUUGAGAACAGGUAGGGGGAGGAAUAAGAGAAGACACUGAAACCCUGUGUCUUGAAUCAAGUUCUGCAAAAACAGAAAUGCCAGACAAUUAUAAUUAUUAGAGGAAGAGGCAACCUAAAAUUUGAGUUUUCAGGUUGGAUUGUGGAAUCCAUGAUCCAUGCAGGUGUGCAUUAAACACUAACUGGUGAUUAAUGACUGGGAUCAUGAAGAGGAAAUACACACUUAUGGAAAUCAACCACAGGAAGGCUUUUUUUAAAUGGAAAAAAAGGUACUCUUGUUUGAGGUGCUCACAUUCAAAUUCUUCCUCUCACCCAGUUUAUAAGUGGGUCUUACCUGUGGCUGGUUCUUUUGCCAGAGAAUGUCUUUGUGGUUGAAUGAUCUGUAUUGGAAGUCAAUUAGAGUCAAAUAACCUAUUUUUUAAAAUAGAUCCUUUAGAAGCUGGAAUUGUAACAUCCUCCCCUCCUCUCUUCCUUGUCGAUCAGAAAACUUAAUAGAAGCAUUUAUUUUAAUGCCCAAAACAGAAUUUCCCUAUGAUUCCUGCACUCUGUUAAGAUCUCAAAGCCU